AUGGCGCCGCAUCCACGCAUCCACUCCACGGCGUCCCUGGACACCUUCAACCCAGUAAUGGUGACUCCAGUGAUCGGCACCGAGUUCCGCAAAGGAAGCUGUAACAUCGUGGACGACAUCCUCCUCAACCAGGACGCAGAGCAACGCAUCCGCGACCUGGCUGUGAUGAUCGCCGAAAGGGGCGUAGUCUUCUUCCGCGCGCAAGACAACCUCACCAACGCACUCCAGAAAGACCUGAUCCUCCGAUUAGGCGAGCUCACGACUCGCCCAGCCACGCACGGCCUACACAUCCACCCCGUGACCAACGACGCGCGCGAGUUCGGCGACCCAGACCCAGAGAUCAGCACAAUCCACUCUGAGGGCCGGAAGACCCUGUACAAGGGCUCGGACUAUACGCGCCACGCGGCCGUCUGGCACAGCGACAUCGCGUUCGAGAAGGCGCCCGCCGACUUUUCCAGUCUGCGGCUCACGCAGCUGCCCGUCACCGGCGGCGAUACGCUCUGGGCGUCUGGGUAUGAGAUGUACGAUCGGUUGAGUAAGCCGUAUCGCGCGUUCGUCGAGACCUUGACAGCGACCCAGGUGGGUGAAGGGUUUCGGCGCAUGGCGCAGGCGGGUGGGUUUCGCAUGUAUGCUGGGGAGAGGGGAGCGCCUGUUAAUGUUGGGGAGGAUUUAGUGGCGGUUCAUCCGGUUGUGCGCACGAACCCGAUCACGGGCUGGAAAUCGAUCUUUCCUGUCGGCGCUUUCCCGCAAAAGAUCAAUGAAUUGACGCGCAAGGAGAGUGCAAAUAUGCUGCAGUAUUUCCAGGAUCUGAUCACCCACGGGCAUGAUCUCCAGGUGCGGUUCAAGUGGAAUGAGCCUAAUGAUAUUGCAAUUUGGGACAACCGCAGCGUCUUUCACACAGCCACUGGCGACCAUGAAGGAUUUGGCCCACGGAGUGGCAACCGGGCUGUGGGAGUAGGCGAAGUCCCUUAUUUCGAUCCAGAAAGCAAAUCCAGGAGAGAAGACUUGGGCAUUGAAGAUACGCUGUCGCCUGCGCACUGGUAA